GCAAGUGCAUGGUGGGCAAGCACAAGGCGGACAAGCACAAGGUGGGCAAGUGCAUGGUGGGCAAGCACAAGGUGGGCAAGCACAUGGUAGGCAAGCACAAGGUGGGCAAGCACAUGAUGGGCAAGCACAAAGUGGGCAAGCACAAGGUGGGCAAGUGAAUGGCGGGCAAGAACAAGGUGGGCAAGUGAAUGGCAGGCAAGCACAAG